AUGCGAAGUAAAGACCGAGGAACAAAAGGAAAGUUUUCAAUCAGUUAUUGUUCAUCAUGUUUUUAUUCACUAUUCCAGCCAUUUUCACCGACUAACUCUCGCCGUGAUGGAAACACGUUGAGUCUUCUCUACCUAAUCUGUUUAACAACAAUUGGAGUGGUCUUAAAUAUUUCAAGAUGGCUUCAGAAAGAUCGUUUCUCAAAGACAAAUAUCGUUACCCAUGACCACAUUAGUGGUUUUUUAAUGACAUGUAUUCUCCCUUCACUUAUAUGGAUGUUGUAUUACACGAUCAAGAGUCCUUGCAAGUCUACAGUGGAAUUUUUAGAUGCAUCAGUGUAUUAUCAAGAUCCGUUCAUCAGCGGAGUUUAUUUCUUUGGGACGGGCAGUAUAUUCCUUCACGUUUUACAGAUUGCGUUUUAUAGCGAAGCUAAAAUAGAGAUCAUCAGCUUGUUGUUUACUGUUUUUAGCGCUCUAUUCACAGCGACACAAAUUGUGUUCCUACGCAAAUAUUCUAAAGCUAGUUUCCAAGAUGAUUCAAUGAUCCGCAUGGCCUUACUUCAUCUUCUCUCAACCAAUGUUAUCUUAUUCUGUCAUACGUUAUUAUCACAAUCACAUCAUGGUGCACGCUUUCAUUCUAUACACGAAAACAAAUCACUCCCUAUUGGCAAAGUUUUAAAUCGCCUCUAUCCCUUCCUAUAUCCAUUCCUUAUAGAAUUCCCAUUAUCCUCACUUGGUGCUAUAUAUAGACUGUGGAGUGAUCUUAAGGAACUGGAGCCUAAACCAGAUGAUAUCUAUAUCGACGAUGAAUUGACUGAAAUCAAUACAAUGGACUCAGUAAUUCUGGAGCCUGGCGAGAAAUUUCUCAAUCCUGAGAGAAACACCAGAAAACCAUCUAGUCCCAUGAGUCCAUUUCAGUCACCAAGAAUACGGAAAUCUAUGAGUAAUGUUAUAAUACAACAGAGCAAGUUUGAUAUCAUGAGAAGAUGUGUAGGUUUGGGAUUAUUAUUUGGUGUCAUUUUAUCUGUUUUCUUUCUUGCUAUUGUUGGAGUAACCGCAGUACAUACAUCAGCACUGACAGUUCGUAUAUUUUAUUUUACAAAUAUGCUGUACCUAACAUUCACAUGUGUUUCAUGUUGGAUAAUUCUCAAGGGAUUACUCAGCCAAAUGUACUGUUGGUUUGACUAUGGUGCUGUUGAUGUGAUGUUACUGUUCUCACUCAUAGCUGUACUGUUCCAUCAAGGAUUUACCUUCACUGCAUCUAUAGCUCAAAUAUACAUUGCAGCAUUACCACGAUAUAUGUUGAUUUUAUCAGGCUUGGAGAUUAUGCAAUGCAUGCUGCAAACAUCAACAGUAAUAAGAGCCUUGCGUUUUCGUAUUGGUUAUAAAUCAAGCUUGGUACGCGAAGCAUCUCUGUUUUUAAUGAUAUGCAAUAUUAUCAUUUGGUUACAGAGAUCUUUCUUAGUUCCUCAAACACCUUUCCUCUCAUUGGUCCAAAGCAAGUUUUAUGGCAGAUCAUCGUGGGAUGUGAUAUUUUUUUUGACUUAUCCAUUUCAAGUAUUUUUUCGCUUCCAUUCAACAGUAUGCUUGUAUAAUAUAUGGUCUGUUUUUAACGAAUAG